AUGUCACUUUCUCAUCUAAGCCAGAAUUUCCCCAAAGCUUCACUUCCAACGUAUCAAUCUCACUCGAUUGUUUUGAAAGCUCAAUUGGACAAGGAAACGUCACUGUGGUCUCGUUUACACCAUCCGAAUGUUUUGGAAAUGACUGAGAUGAUUGAUUUAGACGAUGCAACCAUCAUUGUUUGCGAGCUUGCACGCGGUGGUGAUUUACUUUCGUUUAUCAACAAGCAUGGUGCACCAGGACUUUCAGAGUCAACUUGCCAGCGUAUGUUUUAUCAGCUUUGUCUUGCCGUGUCAUAUCUUCACUGCGAAGUAGGGAUUCUUCAUCGCGAUAUCAAGCUUGAGAAUAUCUUGUUGGACGAAGACAACAAUAUCAAAUUAGCAGACUUUGGUCUUUCCGAAGAGCUUCUUAUGUCUGACUCGAAUUCUGUCAUUUACCCUUAUAAUUUAAAGUCACCCGAGCAAAAAGAGUCUAAUGCUACGUCCCAAUCCAAAUCCGAGCAUAUGCUUUCCAGAAGCACAUCACUUCUUGGGCCUAUUUUGCUCUAUGUGCAUAAAUCCGAAGCCGAAUUGAUUGAACACCGUAUUCAAAAACAUGACGAGUCGGAUGACACUACAAGUGGAUCGCAAACUUCUCAGAAAAGUAUGCCUAGAAAGAAUUCCGAACCUUUUAUGGGUCAUUUUGGAUCCACCACACACUUGUCUUUGCCUCGUACACACAUGGCCUUGUCCAAGCCCGAACCCAACGCACAUUACAUUGUUGGAUCACUUCAUUAUUGCCCACCUGAAGAUCUUCGUAAAGCAUCCCCCACACCAUCACCACGAUCCUUUUCUAAUUGUAAUCAAGAUGGUUUACAACAAUCUGUGUUGUCAGCUAUUCGAAAGCCUACAUCAGAUAUGUGGGCACUUGGAUGUGUUCUUUAUGCGAUGCUUACAGGAAAACUUCCUUUUAAUGAUUCCUUUCUUCCUCGUUUACAACUGUGUAUUGCCAAUGGAAAGUUUGAUAUGACGUGUAUAGACAACAUGGCACAACGUACCACUUCAUUGUCUUGUGUACAAGAGUUGAUUCAUGGUAUGUUGACUGUUUCAGUAGAGCGUCGAUGGACGAUUGAUAAAGUACUUGAUCAUCCAUGGGUCAAAGCAGGAGCAGAGAUUUCACCCGGAUCUACCCUUUCACCGAAUGUGUCGUUAUGUCACAAGUCUUGAUUUCAUACUACGAUUGCCUAAUAUUGAACUGGUUUUUCAACUGGUUUUUCAACCGGUUUCUUGUUUCUUGUUCAUACACUAGACAGAAAGACAACUCUCUUUUUUUCUCAUUCCUCCAUGCAUAUUCCCAAUAUCAGAUAAACAUGAUUCAUUGAUGUAUGAUCAGUUUGAAAUAUAAUGUAAAUGUU